AGCCGCCAAAGGGCGUACCGCUGUGCAGUUUCUAGCGGCCACCGUUCCAUCACCUAUCGGUUUCAUCCAAAAAUAGGAGGAAAAAAAAAAAAUUUAUCGCCUGAUCUCCGAUCCAUCAAUCGGAAUCCUCUCAUUUACAGUCUUCGUCUUGCGUUACAUCGUUAAGGGUUCGUGUAGGAGCCGUGGAGGAGCAGCAUUUGUGCUUGUCAAGGUUGGAGGGCGAGAUGGCGCAAGUACAGAUUCAGCCCCACGCCGUGGUUUCCAGCCCGUUGGCGGCAGUCGUAUCAGGCGGUACCGCGUUCCAGAUCGCCUCGACGUCGUUGUACGUCGGCGACCUCGAUUUGGGCGUCACGGACGCGCAUCUGUACGAUGUCUUUAGCCAGAUCGGGCAGGUUGUGUCUGUCCGCGUGUGUCGCGAUAUCAACACUCGCCGCUCACUUGGUUACGCCUACGUGAACUUCAGCGAUCCCGCGGAUGCGGCAAAGGCAAUUGAAGUUCUUAACUUUACACUUCUUAAUGGAAAGACUAUUCGUAUAAUGUAUUCAAAUCGUGACCCUAGUGUGCGCAAAAGUGGGUCCGCAAACAUUUUUAUCAAGAAUCUGGACAAGUCUAUAGACAACAAAGCACUACAAGAUACAUUUUCAGUCUUUGGUAACAUUCUGUCAUGCAAGAUUGCUACAGAUCCAUCUGGUCACUCAAAAGGGUAUGGAUUUGUCCAAUUUGAACAAGAGGAGGCAGCACAAAAUGCAAUCCAGAAGCUAAAUGGCAUGCUCAUGAAUGAUAAGAAAGUAUUUGUUGGGCCAUUUGUUCGUAAAGAGGAGAGGGAGGGGGCUCCUAACAGUGCUAAAUUUAAUAAUGUAUUUGUAAAAAAUCUCUCAGAAUCUGUCACAGAGGAUACUCUACUGGAAGUUUUUGGUGAAUUUGGGAAGAUCACCAGUUGUGUUGUGAUGAAGGAGGGAGAUGGAAAAUCCAAAUGUUUCGGCUUUGUCAAUUUUGAGAAUCCUGAAGCUGCUGCUCAGGCUGUUCAGGAACUUGAUGGUAAGAAAUUUGAUGAUAAGGAAUGGUAUGUUGGUAAAGCCCAAAAGAAGUCUGAAAGAGAGCAAGAACUUAAAGAGAAAUUUGCAAAAAGUAAGCAGGAGUCUACUGAAAAAUUCCAAGGAGUAAACUUAUACUUAAAGAAUUUGGAUGAUAGCAUUGGCGAUGAUAGCUUAAGAGAACUGUUUGCUGGAUUUGGGACAAUCACCUCUUGCAAGGUCAUGCGUGACAAUAAUGGUAAGAGCAAGGGAUCUGGAUUUGUUGCAUUCCAGUCUCCUGAAGAUGCAUCUCGGGCUCUAUCGGAGAUGAAUGGAAAAAUGGUCGGCAGUAAACCACUUUAUGUUGCAGUUGCACAACGCAAGGAAGAUAGAAGAGCAAUAUUGCAGGCUCAGUUUUCGCAAAUGCGUCCAGUGGCCAUGCAAGCUUCAAUUGCACCUCGUGUUCCAUUAUAUCCUCCUGGCGCUCCUGGGUUAGGGCAGCCACUUUUCUAUGGUCAACCACCACCUGGACUAGUUCCUCAGCCUGGAUUCGGCUUCCAGCAGCCACUUGUUCCCGGGAUGAGACAUGGAGCUGCGCCCUUCCCCAAUUUCUUUAUGCCGAUGGUCCAACAAAGUCAGCAAGUUCAGCGCCCUGGUGGUAGGCGUGUACCAUUAGGUCCAGUGCACCAGAUUCAACAGCAACCUAUGCCAAUGAUUCAACAGCAGGUGCUUUCAAGGGGUGGUGGACGUCCCUAUCGAUAUCCAGCAGGGCGUAACAUGCAAGAACUUCCUGGCAUGGCCGGAGGGAUGUUCUCUAUCCCAUAUGACAUGGGUGCUAUGCCCGUGAGGGACGCAGGAAUUUCACAGGCUAUUCCUAUUGGAGAAUUGACAUCAGCUCUUGCAAAAGCUACACCACAGCAACAGAGAACGUUGCUGGGUGAGAGCUUGUACCCACUUGUGGAUCAGCUGGAACAUGACCAUGCUGCCAAAGUGACCGGGAUGCUCUUGGAAAUGGAUCAAACUGAAGUGCUCCAUUUGCUGGAGUCUCCCGAAGCUUUAAGUGCAAAAGUAGCAGAGGCUAUGGAAGUCUUGAGAAGUGUGGCUCAGCAGCAGCAGCAGCAAGAUUUCCCACCAGUUGACCGGUUGGCAACCUUGUCAUUGAAUAAUGUUGUCUCCUGAUCUAACUGCCGAUGCUAAGUGAGUUUGUGGCCGUGACUUUGGCUGGCGUUAAUCUUCGAGAAGACUUUGGUACUUCUUUGGCUAUUUAUUUAGUUAUCGUUUAGUAAGAAGAGCUUUUAGAAACCUUUUUCUUUUUUUGGGUGAUAACAGCUUCUGAUAUCUUUCCCGAAGGACUUUCAAGUUCAUGUCAACUUGAAAGAUUGCAGCUUAAUAACAACCCAGACAGGGUUCAGAACAUCUCUCUGUUAACUUUAUGCGCCAAUCAAAUGACUAGUAGUGCCUCUUCACUUUUUCAA